GGGUGGCCUGGGCGGUGUUCGCCCGGCGCGUGACCAUCCACAGCCAUGGCCGGGUCGGGGGCUGCUUUUAGGCGCUUGGGUGCCUUGUCUGGAGCCGGGGCCUUAGGCUUGGCCUCCUACGGGGCGCACGGUGCCCAGUUCCGGGAUGCCUACGGAAAGGAGCUCUUUGACAAGACCAACAAACACCACUUCUUACACAGCCUGGCCUUGUUAGCGGUGCCCCACUGCAGAAAACCCCUCUGGGUGUACCAUGCUGUCCCUGAUUGUUCUGGGUCUGAUGGGAGAGACAGGCAUUCAUCAAAUUGCUCACAUGUACGAUGCCCCUAGGAGCCCCUGGCUGGCGCAGAUGGCUAAGUGUUGGACUACUAAUGAAAGUGUUGGCGGUUCAGACUCACCCAGAGGCACUUCAGAAGUAAGCCCUGGCGAUCUGCUUCCGAAAGGUCACAGCCUUGACAACCCUACGGAACAGUGCUACUCUGCGUACAUGGGAUCGCUAUAAGUUGGAAUAGACACCACGGCAACUAACAACAGGAUGAUAAUUGUGAUAAAUAUGAAAGCUGGUUGUUAGCUGCUGUCAGGUUGGCCCCUGACUCGUGACGACCCCCGUACACAACAGAACAAAACACAGCCUGGUCCUUCACCAUCCUCGUGAUCGGUUGUGGAUGGGACUGUACUAAAGCUACUAGCUUUUUAAAAAUAGGAAUUUUCAGUUUCCACUUCUGGAGAUUCUGACUCAGUAGUCCUGGGGUGGGUCCUGGGAAUUUUAGAACGCUGCACUGGGGGUUCUGAUGCACAGCCAGGGCCAGAAAUCUCUGUUCUGGGUGACGGAGAGUCUCUGGAAAGUCUUUGGAGGGGGCCAGGGUUUGACAUGCUUCGCAAGAUUUUCCUAAGCACCUUUGUUUUAAUCUGUAGGCUGAUUUCAGAUAAGGGUGAUACUGGAGGCCAGGAAGCUGGCUGGAGUUGAAGACAGCUUUUUGUUUGUACCUUCUUUGUCUCAGUAUUCACAGGAUGAUGGUGUUGGCUGCAGUUGAUUUGGCCCCCAAUUCAUGGCCAUAUACAACAGCAUCCGGCCAGGGUGAGCCAUAGGGUUUCCGUUGGCUGAUUUUCAGAAGUAGGUUUCCAGUCCUUUCUUCCUAGUCCAUCUUAGUCUAGAGACUCCACUGAAACAUGUUCAGCAUCACAGUGACACGCAAGCUUCCACUGACGGGUGGUGGCUCUGCUUGAGGUAAAUUGUAUGGGAAUCAAACUCUGGUCACUGGCAUAAACCCAAACCAAACCCACUGCCGUUGAGUCGAUUCCGAAUCGUAGUGACCCUAUAGGACAGAGUAGAACUGCCCCAUAGAGUUUCCCGGAGUGCCUGGUGGAUUUGAACUGCCGAACUCUUGGUUAGCAGCUGUAGCAUUUAACCACUACGCCACCAGGGUCACUGGCAUAGGAGGAGAGAAUUCUACCACUGAACUACCACUGCCCUCACUUACAGGAAUAAGCCUAUUGAAAUAGCUGUGCCCGGGGGGAAGACAGAGGGAGGCCCCACAGGGAAAUGGAACAAUACUGCUGCAAGGGACAUUCCAAAGGAUCAGGAACAAGACUUGAUGUUUGGGCGUGGAAUUAAAGAUGAUUCCAGUCUAUUGGAUAGUUUAAGAAGAAUAAGUUAUAGGUGCAUAGAAAACAAAAUAAAUGGAAAAAAUGAGACAGUUACUCAAUGAGAAGCAGAAAAUUAUACAAGAAAUAAAAUAUAAUCAUAGUACAUUAAUUGGCUCAGCACUGAACAAUAUUUGAGCAAUUUAUAUUGUCGUUUUAACAUAAACAAUAGGGAUUUAACAAAAAAUUGUUAUAUAUAGGGAAAUGGGGCAGGGAGAGAAACAGAAACUGCGUGAGUGGUGUAAGUUCUAAAUCCUCAUGUUACAUGAUAGGAAGAUAGGAAAGAUCUUAAAGUGCUAAAUGGAAAGAUACGGAGAUAAAUUGAAGAAAGAGCAGUUAAGAGCUGAAACCGGAAAUGAGGGUGGGGUGGGGCGGUGGAGUGGGGUAGUUUUGUUUGUAUUAGAAGCCAAAUGCAUCUUUUUUUAAGUGAUGUGAUGUGCUUGUAAUACUGUAAUAAAACUAAAAACUUUUUUAAAUCUAUUUUUUUUUUUAAGUUUAUGGCUGCAAGACAAAUGAGAGGAAUAGGUGGCAGUGGCAGAAAUGGAAAAGGGGAGAAAUUAUGGAGGAAAAGAAAGAUAUUUGACUUUCAAUCAAAUGUAGCAAAUAUGUAUUGUGUGUACUCCUAAAUGCUAUGUCCUGUGGAGGCUGCAGGACUGCCCUCAAGCACCUUUGGCUGUAGAAGUGAGAGGUGAGGCAGGGAGAUGUUAAGGCAGGAAGGACAGGAGGAGUGCCAUUAGCUACAACAUAUUUUGGGGUUCAAAGCAGGAACAGAACAUUGUGUAUUGGGGAUCAGAAAAUGUUUCAUAGAGCUUAAGUUGAUCCUUGAAGGAGGUCUGUUGUGUGCAGGAAACAGUGAACAAAAAGACAGAGGCAGGGAGGUAAGGAGUUUAAAAAAAAAAAAAAAAGGAGUUUAGGGCAGCACAAAUCCCCGUUCCAUUGUGGGCUGAGUUUCUGAAUUGAGCGGGAAAGGACUGAAAAAAGGUGAAAAGACAGGCUGGAGUAGCACCCCCUAUGUGUGGAGAACUGGGAGAUGUUUGUUGUUAGCAGCCAUCAAAUAAGCCCCCAACUCAUGGUGAUGCCAAGCACAAUGGAAUGAGAUGUUGCCCAGUCCUGUGCCAUCCCGGUGAUAGGUUGUGGAUUGCACUACUGAUCCAUACGGCUUUCACUGAUUUUUUUUCAGAAGUAGAUUGCAACUUCUGGUGACCCCAUGCACAAUAGAACAAAAUGCUGCUUGGGCACAACAUAGUUCAUAAAGAUAACAUUCUGCAUCCUACCAAGGCGAGUAGCGUCUGGGGUCUUAAAAGCUUGUAAGCAGCCGUCUAAGACACAGCUAUUGGUCUCUUCAUUUUGGGAGCAAGGGAGAGCAAAGAAAACCAAAGACGCAAGAAAGCUAUUAGUCCAAAGGGCUAAUGGCCCACAUGAACCACAGCCUCUACUAGCCUAGAGGCUAGAUGAACUAGAUGGUGCCCGGCUACCACCACCAACCACUCUGGCCAGGAUCACAAUAGAGAUCCAGGUUAGAAUGGGAGAAAAAUAUAGAGAAAAAAAUCGAAGUUUCAGAAAAGACAAGACUUAAUGGUCAGAUAGAGACCAGAGGAACCCCUGAGACUAUAGCCCUAAGAUACCCACCUAACUUUUUGAAGUCACUUCAAAAAUUGAAAUUAACUGAAGCCACUUCCAGAGAUCACCUUUCAGCCAAAUAAUAUACAGGCCCAAUGAGUAGACAAUAACACUCAUGUGCUCCUUAGAACAAUCAACUAUACGAGACCAAGGGGGCAGCAUUUGCCCAAAAGCAAAGAGGAGACGGUAGGAAGGGGCAGGAAACUAAACAAAUGGAAACGGAACCCAGGGUGGAAAUGAGGAGAGUGCUGACACAUUGUGUAGAUAGUGGCCAAUGUCAUGGAAAACUUGUGUAUGAGUUGUCAUGGAUUGAAUGGUGUCCCCCGGAAAUAUGUGUCAACUUGGCUAGGCCAUGAUUCCCAGUAUUAUGUGAUUGUCCACCAUUUUGUCAUCUGAUGGGAUUUUCCUCUGUGUUGUAAAUCCUACCUCUAUGAUGUUAAUGAGGUGGAAUUAAUGGCAGUUAUGUUAAUGAGGCAGGGCUCAGUCCACAAGAUUAGGUUGUGUUUUAAGUCAAUCCCUUUUGAGAUAUAAAAGAGAGAAGCCAGCAGAGAGACUCUGGGAUCUCAUACCACCAAGAAGGCAGAGCCAGGAGCGUGCAUCCUUUGGAUCUGGGGUCCCUGCACUGAGACGCUCCUAGACCAGGUGAAAAUUGAUGACAAGGACCUUCUUCCAGAGCCGACAGAGAGAAAGCCUUCCCCUGGAGCUGGCACCCUGAAUUCGGACUUCUGGCCUCUUAAACUGAGAGAAUAAAUUUCUGUUUGUUAAAGCCA